GGCCCCCGUGGCGGGCCGCUUCCGGUCGUCGGGGAGUCGCGCGGCCUUCGUGCCGGCCCGCCCCCCGCCAUGGCCUCCGCGGGCCUGACCAACAGCAUCAUCGUGCUGGACGACGACGACGACGAGGAGGAGGAGGAGGACGAAGCCCCCGCGGCCCCCGGGGUCCCGGCCCCCGGCCCGCCCGGCCCCCGCGCCAACGGGGCCGACCACGGCGCCCAGCACAGUGCCCAGCCCGGGGGCGCGGGCGACGGCGGGACCCGCAGGACCUACAAGCUGGAGAACGAGAAGCUGUUCACCGAGUUCCUGGAGCUGUGCCGGGCCCAGACGGGGGAGCACCCGGAGGUGGUGCCCUUCCUGGCGGGCCGCUUCGCCCGGGCCGGGCCCGCCUUCGUGGCGUCGGCCGAGUUCCGCAACGUGCUGGGCCGCUGCCUGGCGCGGGCCCGCACCCGCCACGCCAAGAAGCUCUACGUCUACAUCAACGAGCUGUGCACCGUCCUCAAGGCCCACUCGGCCCGCCGCAAGCUGCCCCUGCUGCCCGCCCCUCCGCCGCCGGCGCCGCCGCCUCCGCCCGAGGCCUCGCCGGUGCCCGCCGUGCCCGCCGCCUUGGCGGGGCCGUCCUCCCCGCCGCGCCCGCGGGGCUCCCGGCGCCAGAUCCGGCGUCUGGAGCAGCUCCUGGCCCUGUACGUGGGCGAGAUCCGCCGCCUGCAGGAGCGGGAGCUGGACCUGGAGGAGCUGGACAGCCCGGACUCGCCCUAUCUGCAGGAGGCGCGCCUCAAGCGCAAGCUGCUGCGCCUCUUCGUCCGGCUGUGCCAGCUGAAGGCCUGCAGCGCCCUGACGGGCCGCGUCACCGAGCGCCGCCUGGCCUACCGGGGCACCCGCUACCCGGAGGUCAACCGCCGCGUGGAGCGCCUCAUCAACCGGCCCGGCCCGGACGCCUUCCCCGACUACGGCGACGUGCUGCGGGCCGUGCAGGACGCCGCCGCCCGCCACCGCCUGGGCCUGGCCCGCCGCCAGCUGCGCCUCCUCGCCCAGGACGCCUUCCGCGACGUGGGCACCCGCCUGCAGGAGCGGCGCCACCUCGACCUCGUCUACAACUUCGGCUGCCACCUCACCGACGCCUACCGCCCCGGGUCGGACCCGGCGCUGACGGACCCGGCCCUGACGCGGCGGCUGCGGGAGAACCGGGCGGUGGCCCUGAGCCGGCUGGACGAGGUGAUCGCCAAGUACGCCCUGCUGCAGGACGAGAGCGAGGAGGGGGAGCGCCGGCGCCGCCGGCCGCGGGCCCCCGACGCCCACCCGGACCCGGGCCCGGGCCCGGACCCGGACCCCGACCGCCCGCCCCUCCGCCACGGCGAUGCGGGCCCGGAGGGCCCAAGUGGGGAGACCCCUGAGGCCGGACCCCACCCCUCCGACCCCUCCGACCCCUCGGCCCCGGCGGCCCCGGCGGCCCCCUCCUCCUCGGGGGCUGCCAAGGCGGGCCCGGACCAGGAGGAGGACGAGGAGGAGGAGGAGGAAGAGGAGGAGGAGGAGGAGGAGGAUGACGACGAGGAAGACGAGGAAGAAGAAGAGUCUGAGGUGACGGAGGAGGAGGAGGAGGAAGAGGAGGGGGUGGAGCAGAGCGAAGAAGAGGAGGCCGAAGAGCCAGACGAGGCCGACCCGCGCCCGGACCCCCCGUCCCACCGCCCGGGGGACCCCGGCAGCCCCGGCUCCGCGGACCGGGAGCCCGGCGGCGGCGGCGGCGGCGGCGGCCACCGCGACGACGACGACGACCGGGAGGAGACCCCCGGCCCCGGCGAGAGCCCGGCCUCCCAACUGUUCGAGCUGGAGAUCGAGGCGCUGCCCCUGGACUCCGUCCCGUCCCCCGAGGACCCCUCCCCGCCCCCCGGGGACCCCUCCCCCCGGAGCCCCUCCCCCGGGGACCCCUCCGCCGCCGCCGGCGCCGCCGCCUCCAGGAAGCGCCCCUUGGAGAACGGGGGCACCGUCAGCUCCACCUCGCUCAACGGCAGCGCCUCCCCGCCCGCCGGGCCCCCCGCGGCCCCCGGGCCCCCCGCCCCCAAGGCGGCCCGCCGGGACGCCCAGCCCGAGCUCGUCUCCCGCAGCACCAGUUGCGUGGAGGCCCCCGGCGCGGACGACGAGGCCGAAGACCCCCCGGCCGGGGGCCCCCGGGACCCGGCCGCCGACUCGUCCACCCGGGUGGACUCCCCCGGCCACGGGCUGGUCACCAGCUCCCGCUCCAGCCCCCCGCCCGCCCGGCCGCCCCGGCCCUCCAGGCCCCUCGCCCGGCUCUCCGGCGCCUGCAAGAUGAGCGUGGCGACCCAGUGCGACCCGGAAGAGAUCAUCGUCCUGUCGGACUCGGACUAGCGACCCUUGACCCCCGACCCCCGGCCGGCCGGGCGGGGGGGUGUGGGGGAGGGGGUUCCCCUGCCUUC